GACACACACCAUUCCCACUACACAAGUCUCUCUCUCUCUCUCUCAGGCUAUAAGCUAAAGCCAAAUCCAAAGAGAGAAAAAUAGAAGCCCUUUUUUCUUUUCCUCUCUGUUUCUCCUUUUCGUUUCACAGAUCUAAGAUCCAGAAGCAUUGCCAAUCCCUAAACUCGUCAAUGUGCUGCUGACGUCCUGCUGAUCUCAGUGUAGAACAUUUUUGGAUUCAUUUCCUGCGAAGAAGAAGCAGCAGUCAUGUCGCGGAGGCAGGUGGGAUCCACGCGCCGGAACGGCAACUUUCCGUUUGCCGGAGCCUUCAACUCGAAAUCGAAAUCAUCUCCCUUGUUAUCCAUAGGGCUUGUAGUUGUGGGAGCUAUUCUUCUAAUCGGCUAUGUUUAUAAAGGCUCAGGUGCCUUUGGGGGUAGCAAGAUAGUUAGCAGAGUUGAAGGGGACUUCUCAUGCACGUUGGAAGUUCAAAGAGCGAUACCGUAUCUGCAGAAAGCGUAUAGUGGAAGCAUGCACAAAGUUCUGCACAUUGGCCCUGAUACUUGUUCAGUUGUCUCUGCGUUGUUGAAAGAGCAGGAAACUGAAGCAUGGGGUGUGGAACCAUAUGAGAUAGAGGAUACUGAUAGCCAUUGCAAGAGUCUUAUACGCAAAGGCAUUGUGCGUGUGGCUGACAUUAAGUUCCCUCUACCAUACAAAGCAAAGUCCUUCUCUCUUGUGAUUGUUUCAGAUGCUUUGGAUUACCUCUCCCCGAAAUAUCUGAAUAAGACUCUUCCAGAAAUUGCAAGGGUGUCUAUUGAUGGUCUUGUUAUUUUUUCAGGUUUCCCUGGUCAACAGAAAGCUAAACUAUCUGAGUUAUCGAAAUUUGGACGUCCUGCCAAAAUGAGGAGUACUUCUUGGUGGGUACGCUAUUUUGUCCAGACCAGCUUAGAAGAAAAUGAAGCUGCAAGCAAGAAGUUUGAGCAGGCAGCAACACAGGGGUCAUACUCGCCAAGCUGUCAAGUGUUUCACCUUAACUCAUAUCACUAAUAUAGAGAUCACAACACGUUGAUUCAUAAAUUUUGGUACCGCAACAAGGCUGCC